AUGGAUGUGAUUAAAACGCAGCAAAUCUCAUCUCGAUCGAUCGAGAAGGUGGUGGUUCAUCCAUUAGUCUUGCUCAGCAUCGUCGACAACUACAACAGAGUCGCCAAGGACACACGCAAGCGCGUCGUCGGCGUUUUGCUCGGUUCCACUUUCAAAGGCACCGUCGAUGUUUCCAACAGCUACGCCGUGCCCUUUGAAGAAGAUGACAAGGAUCCUAGCAUUUGGUUUCUCGACCACAAUUACCACGAAGCAAUGUUUUCAAUGUUUAAGAGAAUAAAUGCAAAGGAGCAUGUCGUCGGGUGGUAUAGCACCGGUCCAAAAUUGCGUGAAAAUGACCUCGACAUUCAUGGGUUAUUUAAUGACUAUGUUCCAAAUCCAGUGUUGGUUAUAAUUGAUGUUGAACCUAAGGAGCUGGGAAUUCCAACAAAAGCAUACUAUGCUGUUGAGGAAGUUAAAGAGAAUGCUACCCAGAAAAGCCAAAAGGUCUUUGUGCAUGUGCAAUCAGAGAUAGCUGCUCACGAGGUUGAGGAAAUAGGAGUGGAACACUUGCUCAGGGAUGUAAAAGAUACAACCAUCAGCACCCUUGCAACCGAGGUGAGCGGGAAACUCACAGCCUUGAAAGGUUUGGAUGCAAGGCUUAAAGAGAUAAGGAGUUACCUUGAUCUUGUUAUCGAUGAAAAGCUUCCCUUAAACCAUGAGAUCCUAUACCAUCUACAGGACGUGUUCAACCUGCUACCAAAUCUUAAUGUAUCCGAUCUUAUCAAGGCUUUUGCAGUGAAAACCAAUGAUAUGAUGCUGGUAAUAUACCUAUCAUCACUCAUCAGAAGUGUAAUUGCACUCCACAACUUGAUUAACAAUAAGAUGCUCAACAAAGAACAUGAAAGGGCAGAAGACUCAAAAUCUGUACCGGUGCCAAGUGCAGCUGCAUAA